AUGGCUUUAUGUACGGUACCAUCUUUUAAUUUGAAUAUACAAUAUGAUCAAUGUUAUCCUUAUCAAUAUUUAUAUGAUAUAUGUAAUCUGUACAAGUUAAACUUUCAAAAUGUUUUUUUUAUCAAUAAUGAUGAACAUAUUCGAUCACUUGUCGGAAUGAAUAGACGUUAUAGUGUUCAAAGUGUCGUUCCAGUAAUAAAUAACAAGAAAACAUAUAAUCGAGCGAUAAGUUUAUUUGUUAAACAGAAUGAAAUAGAAUCUCCAGUGCAACACUCUAUUCCAAAAACAUUACAAUUUACAUCUGUUGAAGAUGAAGGUGAUGAUAAUAAACGAUAUUAUUCAACUAAAACACCUUAUACAUGUCCUUCAAAAGAAUAUGUUUUAAGUUCACCACCAACUGGUUAUAAACCUAUUGGUGUACAAGUUCUUGCAAGACAUGGAAGUCGAACUUUAAAUAGUCACGAUUAUGAUGUACAAACUCUAAAAAUUUGGCAAUUAGCUAAACAAAAAAAUAUGUUAACACCAUUAGGCGAACAAUUAAAAGAAGAUACAGAAUUAUUUAUGGGAGAAAAUAAUCAUGUCGGACGUGGAGAAUUAACUGAAUUAGGUAAAGAUGAACAUAUUGGUAUUGGCUCACGUUUAUUUCAUCGUUUACAAUCUUUAUUUCUCCCAUCAAAUACUGUUACUGUUAUGACAAGUGGUAAAAAACGUGCAGUAGAUAGUUCUCAACAAUUUGUUAAUGGCUUAACAGAAUCUCAAAAUAGUAUUCAAAUACAAAAUCAAAGUCCAAAUAAAAGCUUACUUUAUUUUCAUAAAUCAUGUUUAAGUUAUAGAACAUUUAAAAAAACUGAUUUAGAUAUCCGAACAAAAAUACAUUUAAUUAAAAAUUUACCACAAACAAAAGCAUAUGCACAACAAGUUUUAAGAAGAAUUUAUACUAAAGAUUUUGUUGAUUUAUUAACCAAUGGUUAUUAUGAAAUUCAAGCUGAUAAAUAUUCUGAUCUACUUGAUAAAAAAUUUCAUCAAAAUGAAGUCGAUAUUGUUAUAUGUCUUUAUUCGAUGUUUUCAGUUGCACAAGCACAAAAUAAACCUUCUUUAACGAAUAUGUUAGCUAAAUAUUUUAAUAAAGAAGAAUCAUAUUGGUUUUCUUAUAUCAAUGAUGCACAGGAAUUUUAUGUCAAGGGUCCAUCAAUUGAAGGAAAAACAGUAACAUAUGAUAUGGCAAAACCACUCUUAGCCGAUUUUUUUACGUCUAUCAAUGCACGUAUUGAAGAUCCGGAUAAUACUGUUGCUGCACAUCUUCGUUUCGCCCAUGCUGAAACGAUUAUUCCAUUUGCAACACUUUUACAAAUUCCUAAUUUUUCAGACAAAUCAGUUCAUCCUUUAGAUAUUUAUACAUAUGAAAAUAAUCCUUGGCGAGGUAAUAAAAUUGCUUCUAUGGCUGCUAAUAUUCAAUGGGAAAUUUAUCAACAUGAAGAACAUCAUGAUCAAAUCUUAGUACGUAUGUUAUAUAAUGAAAUGGAAGUUAAAUUUAAAUCUGAUUGUAAAUCAAUUACAUCUGAUUCAUUUUUUUAUGAUUUUAAUGAAUUAAAACGAUCUUAUCAACAUAUUUUCAACAUGGAUUAA